AUGAAAAAAGUAUCUCCAAGUGAUUUUUAUAAAGCAUUAAAAGACGAAGGAGUAACUUAUUAUACAGGAGUUCCUGACUCUCUAUUAAAAGAGUUUUGUGCAUUUAUAGCAGAUAACACAUGUGAAUAAAACCAUAUAAUAUCUGCAAAUGAAGGAUAAUCAAUUGCUUUAGCUACUGGAUAUUAUCUUGCAUAAAAAAAGAUUCCGCUAGUUUACAUGUAAAAUUCUGGAUUAGGAAAUGCAGUUAACCCUCUUAUGUCUUUAGCUCAUUCUUAAGUAUAUAGUAUCCCAAUGCUAAUAUUAAUAGGAUGGAGGGGAGAACCAAGUGUAAAAGAUGAACCUUAACAUAUGAUAAUGGGUUCUUGUAUGCUUGAUAUGAUUAAUUCAAUGAAAUUUAAUAGUAUAAUUCUUUCUAAAGAUGAAUUUUAGACAGAAAUUAAAAAAGGAUAUAAUUUAGCAUUAUAAAAUUAAGAACCAGUAUUUUUGGUUAUUACAAAAGACUAUUUUUAAUAAUAUGAAGUAAUCAAUAAAAAUAGAAUUUAAUUAAAUAAAUAUGAAUUAAAUAGAGAAUAAGCACUCGAAGUUAUUUUAUAGAAUAUUCAUGAAGGAAUUUUCGUAGGGACAACAGGAUUUUUAAGUAGAGAAUUAUGUGAAUUAAGAGAAAAAUUAGGAUAAAAUUCAAAUAUGGAUUUCUUUACUGUUGGAAGUAUGGGAUAUGCGAGCAGUAUAGCCUUAGGAAUUGCAUUAAAUUCAUAGAAUAAAAAUGUUUAUUGCUUUGAUGGAGAUGGUGCGGCUAUUAUGCAUAUGGGUUCUAUGUGUAUUAUAGGAUAAUCUAAAGCUAAUAAUUUAGUCCAUUUUAUUUUUAAUAAUGAAUGUCAUGAUUCUGUUGGAUAAUAACCAACUUGUGCUAAUGAAAUUAGCUUUCCUUAAAUUGCAAAAGGUGCUGGUUAUGAAGAAGUGUAUUAAGUUUAGGGAAAAACUGAAUUAAUUAAUGUCAUUAACUUAAUUUAAAUAAAAUAAAAAAAAUAUACUAAGCCUGUAUUAAUUGAAAUCAAAAUAAAUCCCGGGGCAAGGCCGAAUUUAGGAAGACCUAAAUAGAGUACUAUUUAAAAUAAAAAUGAAUUAAUGAAUUAUAUAUAGAUUUAAUAAUGA